AUGGCCGCGGAGCUGGCGAUGGGCGCCGAGCUGCCCGGCAGCCCGCUGGCCAUCGAGUACGUCAACGACUUCGACCUGAUGAAGUUCGAGGUGAAGAAGGAGCCGCCCGAGGCCGAGCGCCUGUGCCACCGGCCGCCCGGCUCGCUGUCCUCGACGCCGCUCAGCACGCCCUGCUCGUCCGUGCCGUCCUCGCCCAGCUUCUGCGCGCCCAGCCCGGGCGCGGGGGGCGGCGGCGCGGCCGCUGCGUCCGGGGUCGCCCCCGGGCCGCCGAGCGCGGGCCCCAGUGCCGUCGGGGGGCCCCCCGGGAAGCCGGCGCUGGAGGAUCUGUACUGGAUGAGCGGCUACCAGCACCACCUGAACCCCGAGGCGCUCAACCUGACGCCCGAGGACGCGGUGGAGGCGCUGCUCGGCAGCGGGCACCCCAGCGCGCACCACCCGGCGGCGUACGAGGCCUUCCGCGGCCAGGGCUUCGCGGGCGGCGGUGCGGACGACAUGGGCGCCGGCCACCCUCACGGCACGCACCACCACCACGCAGCCCACCACCACCACCACCACCACCAUCACCACGGGCACGGCGGCGCGGGACACCACGUGCGCCUGGAGGAGCGCUUCUCCGACGACCAGCUGGUGUCCAUGUCGGUGCGCGAGCUGAACCGGCAGCUGCGCGGCUUCAGCAAGGAGGAGGUGAUCCGGCUGAAGCAGAAGCGGCGCACGCUCAAGAACCGCGGCUACGCCCAGUCGUGCCGCUUCAAGCGCGUGCAGCAGCGGCACAUGCUGGAGAGCGAGAAGUGUCAGCUCCAGACGCAGGUGGAGCAGCUCAAGCUGGAGGUGGGGCGCCUGGCCAAGGAGCGGGACCUGUACCGGGAGAAGUUCGAGAAGCUGGCCGGCCGGGGCGCCCCCGGGGGCGCGGGCGGGACCGGCUUCGCUCGGGAGUCCUCGCCAUCGCAGGCCGGCCCCGGCGGGGCCAAAGGCGCGCCCGACUUCUUCCUGUGA